AUGCCAAUGUCUCCAUGGGGCUUCAACAAGCACAAGCCGUGGAUCGAGACUUCCUAUCAUGGAGUCAUAACUGAGAACAACGACACAGUCAUUUUGGACCCACCAUUGGUAGCCCUGGAUAAAGAUGCACCAGUUCCUUUUGCAGUCAACAAGCACAAGCCGUGGAUCGAGACUUCCUAUCAUGGAGUCAUAACUGAGAACAACGACACAGUCAUUUUGGACCCACCAUUGGUAGCCCUGGAUAAAGAUGCACCAGUUCCUUUUGCAGGGGAAAUCUGUGCAUUCAAGAUUCAUGGCCAGGAGCUGCCCUUUGAGGCCAUAGUGCUCAACAAGACAUCUGGGGAAGGCCGCCUCCGUGCCAAGAGCCCCAUCGACUGUGAGCUGCAGAAGGAGUACACAUUCAUCAUUCAGGCCUACGACUGUGGUGCGGGGCCCCGGGAGACGGCCUGGAAAAAGUCACACAAGGCUGUGGUCCAUAUCCAGGUAAAGGAUGUCAAUGAAUUUGCUCCCAUCUUCAAAGAGCCAGCUUACAAGGCUGUGGUGACGGAGGGCAAGAUCUAUGACAGCAUCCUGCAGGUGGAGGCCGUGGACGAGGACUGCUCACCCCAGUACAGCCAGAUCUGCAACUACGAAAUUGUCACAACAGAUGUGCCUUUUGCCAUUGACAGAAAUGGCAACAUCAGGAACACCGAGAAGCUGAGCUAUGACAAGCAACACCAGUAUGAAAUCCUGGUGACUGCUUACGACUGUGGACAGAAACCUGCUGCUCAGGACACCCUGGUGCAGGUGGACGUGAAGCCAGUUUGCAAGCCUGGAUGGCAAGACUGGACCAAGAGGAUUGAGUAUCAGCCUGGCUCGGGGAGUGUACCCUUGUUCCCCAGCAUCCGCCUGGAGACUUGUGAUGGAGCUGUGUCCUCGCUGCAGAUCACUGCGGAGCUGCAGACCAAUUACAUUGGGAAGGGCUGUGAUCGGGAGACCUACUCCGAGAAAUCCCUUCAGAAACUGUGUGGAGCCUCUUCUGGCAUCAUCGACCUCUUGCCAUCCCCCAGCGCUGCCACCAACUGGACUGCAGGCCUGUUGGUGGACAGCAGUGAGAUGAUCUUCAAGUUUGAUGGCAGGCAGGGUGCCAAAAUCCCAGACGGGGUUGUGCCCAAGAACCUGACAGAUCAGUUCACCAUCACCAUGUGGAUGAAACAUGGCCCCAGCCCUGGUGUGCGAGCUGAGAAGGAAACCAUCCUCUGCAAUUCAGAUAAAACUGAAAUGAACCGGCAUCACUACGCCCUGUACGUGCACAACUGCCGCCUUGUCUUCCUCCUGCGGAAGGACUUUGACCAGGCGGACACUUUCCGCCCCGCGGAGUUCCACUGGAAGCUGGACCAGAUUUGUGACAAAGAGUGGCAUUACUAUGUCAUCAAUGUGGAGUUUCCUGUGGUUACUUUAUACAUGGAUGGAGCAACAUAUGAACCAUACCUGGUCACCAACGAUUGGCCCAUUCACCCAUCUCACAUAGCUAUGCAACUGACAGUUGGCGCUUGCUGGCAAGGAGGAGAAGUCGCCAAACCACGGUUUGCUCAAUUCUUUCACGGCAGCCUGGCCAGUCUCACCAUUCGCCCUGGCAAAAUGGAAAGCCAGAAGGUGAUUUCCUGUUUGCAAGCUUGCAAAGAAGGGCUGGAUAUUAAUUCCUUGGAAAGCCAUUGGAGAGCGGAAAGUGUCAGGGCAUUAACAACAUAUAACAUCCUCUAG